AGAGGAUGUGUUUGGCCGCUGCUCCGUCACACGGCGGUCAUGUGGUGGUCUCUGCUUCCCGAAGGCUUGGUCGUCACCCAUCUCGUGAUGUAUUACCAUGACGAAUUGGAGAAUAAUGGGGCACGUCAGAGAUAAUCGCGGGAUUGGUCACCGAUUGGGUACCAUUUACGUUGCCAGUGAAUAAAUGUAGACAAACAGUAAGAUGCUGGUUGGGAAAUUGAAAUUGAAAGAUCGCCACUUGGGCUGCGUACUGCCCUUUAAAGAGCUGCCUUGUGCUUGCUAUCUUAAAACGGCGACCCGUAUUUGGAAGUGCUGACGUCGCAGAAUAUCAGGAAGUCAAAGGCCAGGCUUUUCCUAGACGAGAAGUGGAUUUUUCUAAAGUGAAGCGCGCCGUGACGCGACAUAUUUUUUUCAUUGUUGCACAAGAAAGCCACAGCUUUGCUCAUUUUGGAGGAGAUUAGAGUAACGAGUUUGCGGCGGCGAGGGCUGACUGGCUUGCCUGUCUGCUUUCUCUACCUCUGCUGAGCCCAAAGGGUCAGCGGCUCAAUUCCUGACAAUGACUGCCCACUGUCAAAAUGCCUUUGGGCAAGGCGCUGAACCCUAAUUUGCCCCCCAAUGAGUUGUGUGAAUGUGAACUAAUGUAAAGAUCUUUGUGUACGACAAAAGUGUAUGUAUAGUAUAUAAGUACUAAGGGUGUAACGGUACAUGUAAUAGUAUUGAACCGUUUCGGUUCGCGGUGCUCGGUUUGGAACGGACGCGCACCGAACGAGUUUCUGACGUAAUAUAACCCUGACUUUUCAAGGCUGUAAGUCGAUCGGGUUGCAGUUUCUUUGUGUAGAUUAUAUUUACUCCGUCUUCUCUACUAUAAUGAGGACCAACACGGUAGGACAGUAACCCAAACGUCAACGGCGCAACCACGUGGCCGCCGCGAGAACACAAUGAAACGCGGGCGUUAGAGUCAAUCAGCCAAUGCACACCAGUCGCAGUGCGGCCGCGUGUUAGAUGCGUCCCAGAAGCGGCUCAACGCAACGCACGCGAAAAGAAAGGCAGAGUAUAUUAUUUGACGUGAGACGCAACCCUCCUGCGUCAAUACUACUACCGGUAGCUAGGAUUGGGCCGUAAGUCACUCGUGUAAAAAUACGGUGGAUCCGGUCGAUUUUCAAACUAAUAUGCAAUCGUAACCUACUUUUUGAGUUCAUCAGAUCUCUUGAGUGGUAGACCGGGGCACAGUUGACUUGUCUUUGUUGAUUUACUGCUGUCUUCUCUGCUAUAAUAAUAACCAACACGGUCCCGUGUUCAAUACAAAACCCUCCUACCACAACAAAAGAAGUAGGAACUAAUAUUCACAUAGGAACUAAAGUUAUACAACAUAAAAUAUACAAUAUAAAUGAAUAGUACAUCACAUUUGUAAAAUAUAAACACAUAAUAAAAUAAAUAAUAGUUCAUUUAAAUAAAAUAAAUUCAAGUGAGCUAUAACACCUGUAAUUAAAUAAUAAGAAUAAUACACACAUCCUGCUUACACAAUUACAUUUAUUAAGUUCUGUGUGGCGCUUUAACUUGAGAAAAUCCACCAAUAAAGCUUUUGAAAACCGUUCAUAAGAAGAAGAAAAAUGUUUCAUUGAGGCAUUUCAUUUGUAAAAUACAUGUUAAAAUCUUUUUCAUUGGGAUUGCUUUUCUCUUUAGCACAGGACUUCUUUUUUUCUUCUUUCUUUCAGAAAGAAAGCUGACCAAUACGCGGGGUCUGAAAGGCAAAUUGUUGUUGGAUUCUGUUUAAAUACCCGCUACUUUUUGAGCAGAAUUCUAGCUUUGUAUAGGCUAAUGUCCCAAUUGUUGAAAGCACAAAAGUGUGUAAUAAAAAACUAGCACAUUUAUAUUUUGCAUUGUGUUUUCUUACUGUACCGAAAAUGAACCGAACAGUGACCUCAAAACCGAGGUACGUACCAAACAGAGAUUUUUGUGUACCGUUACACCCCUAAUAAGUACUAUGUGUAAGUAUUUACCACUGAGUAAAAUUAUUCAAUAAAAAAACUUAAAAUCAAUAUACUCUGAUAUUCAAACAAAUGAUUUUUGACCAAUUGUGUUUAUUUUAUUUUAUUUAUUUGUAUUUUUAUUAAUUGGCAUCUCCCACUACUGCCCUUGCUUGGAAUUCCACGAUGUCUUAUUAUUUAUACGCAGGUUUCUCCGCAGCGACCCCCAGCGGUCAGCAGGAGGAAGAACCUUGAGUUUGAGCCUCUUUCCACCACAGCGCUCAUCCUGGAGGACCGACCCUCGUCAGUAUCGCUAGCACAAAAAUCUUCCUGCCAAAUCUGAGGAGGAGACGCAACGGCACAAACUCGAAUACGAGGAAAUGGUGGCCGGCGCCAAAAGGAGAGAGUUGAAGGACGCGCAAAAGAAGAAGCGUCAGAUGAAGGAGCGCCAUCGACAUGAGGACAACAUCUCACACGCCAUGGUGGUGUGGAACACGCACAUCCUGCCGCACUGGGACUCCAUGAAGGGCACGCGCCGUGUAAAGGACCUGUGGUGGCAGGGUGUCCCCCCCAGUGUGAGAGGACGCGUGUGGAGCCUCGCCAUCGGAAACGAGCUCAACAUCACAGCGGAACUGUACGAUAUCUUCCUGUGUCGCGCCAAAGAAAAAUGGAGGAGCUACAGCGAGACCAGCUCGGUCAACAACGACAGCGAAAGCGACGGCGGCGCCUCACUGGCCGACCGAGAGUCCAGUCUGGACCUGAUCAAGCUGGACAUCUCCAGAACCUUCCCUUCGCUCUUCAUCUUCCAGAAGGGUGGUCCUUACCACGACGUCCUCCACAGUGUGCUGGGAGCGUACACAUGCUACCGACCUGACAUUGGAUACGUUCAAGGCAUGUCCUUUAUCGCUGCUGUCCUCAUCCUCAACAUGGAGGAAGCGGACGCCUUCGUCACCUUCGCCAACCUGCUCAACAAGCCGUGCCAGAUGGCCUUCUUCCGUGUCGACCACCAUCUGAUGCUGAAGUAUUUUGCCGUCUUCGAGGUGUUCUUCGAGGAGAACCUGCCUCGCCUCUUUAACCACUUCAGGACCAACAAAUUCACGCCGGACCUCUACUUGAUUGACUGGAUCUUCACGCUGUACAGCAAAUCUCUGCCGCUGGACGUGGCGUGCCGCGUGUGGGACGUGUUCUGCCGCGACGGCGAGGAGAGCCUGUUCCGUACCGGCCUCGGCAUCCUGCGACUCUUCCAAGACGUGCUGCUGCAAAUGGACUUCAUCCACAUGGCGCAGUUCCUCAGCCGGCUGCCCGAAGACUUGCCGGCGCACGCGCUUUUCACCGCCAUGGCCGCCACGCACAUGAUCAGCAGGAACCGCCGCUGGGCUCAGGUGUUUUCAUCGCUGCCAAAGGACCAAAACAAAGAGACGGACAAGAGUGGAAGCCCCGCCCUCUCAAGUUAACGCUUGCAUUUUUUUUUGUGUGUUUCCGAGGAAGUGAAAGUUCUUCUUUGUGUCAAAGGUGACAAAUGAAGUGAUGCUCAACACCCGGAACCAAACUCAUUAGACAUUCUUAGCAUUUAUCUUUUUUGUGUCAGGCACGUCUCAUGAGGUACGUUAUGACAAGGGCUGGGUGAUACAGUUUAAAAAUACAAUCCCCCAAUUUUCGUCACCACAAAUUUAAGAUUUUUUUGAUAAUUUUUGUCCCGGGCGCCCCCCCACUCCCUGUUUUAUGUAUAUAAUUUUAUUUAAAAAUUAGAACAAGAGACAGAGAAACAACAAGUUUAUCCAUUUAUAGCAGUGGUCCCCAACCUUUUUUGCACCACGGACCAGUGUUAUAUGGGUUUGUUUUUUUUUACGGACCGGCAAUGUGUGGCAGAAAAUUACAGUAAAUAUGAAAUAACACGGCAGGGCUAUAAACGAACAUUUAGUGCAGGGAAAAUGUAACUCACCUUACGCUGAAUCAACCUUUUUUAACAGUGGCCUCUCCUAAACCUUGACGGCAAAUUUCCUUGGUCUCAGGCUUAAUGAGUUCUUCUCCAAUCGUGAAAGGUUUCUUGGCUUUAGCAAUACGGUUCGCCAUAAGGUAAAAUGCUCUCAGUGCAUGCACUUUUGUUGCCUUGUUUACUAGCUUUUAGCCACAUAUUCUCUAGAAUGGACUUAGUUGUAGGCCCCUCUUCUGGCUCAGCGAGUGGCCUUUUCCCGGUAAAAAGAGCUGUCCAAAGAAGUCGCCGCAGCCAACGUUACUGUGUACAUUGACUGACGCUGGGCUGCUAUAGGUGUGCAAACACCCCAGUAAAGAUGGCCAACAACGAGAGGGCGACGUACACAAUUCUCUACUCAAAUUAGUCAAUACAGUAGACAGGCAUAUUGAUGUGUCAAGAGGAACAGGUCAGACUGCAUUCGUUAAAGGGAUCCACGAUAGAAAGACUUGUAGUUCUUAAAAGAUAAACGUUAUUAUGAGUUAAAAUGAUUUGAUAUUGAAACCCCUCUUGAUGUUUUUGUUUUUAUACAAGUUGUAAAAUUAGUGUAACUAGUAGGUCGUCAUUGUUAUUGACGUUGCAGGGCGAUGAUGUCACAUGUUUACGAUGCCAGGCUUCCAGAGUAUGACUCUAGUGACAUAAACAUGUCAUCUGUUCAAUCCUUUCAAUUUGAACCCGAGAGAAACAUUAAUGAGCAUGACAGCACUGUCGAUAUUUCACAAAACAAGCAGCUAAAGCAAAAUGAACAGGAAAGACUGGAUGAGACGAACGAGAGUAGGGGGAAAAAACGGUGUUCUGCCAAAAUGUGCUACCCCUGCGAAUUUCACACCCAAAGUACAACCGUGCGCUUUUAGCUUUUGUUUAGAUGCAUACAGACAGAACAUACUAAAGAUGCCUUAAGAAAAUACUUAACCGUACAAAUAUCAAAUAAGGGUGGUUUGAAUUAGCCUGGAACUCCAGACUCACCGCUGUUCCAACUAUAGAGUAUUGUAACCAUUCCGCGGAUCAAAUUCCCAGGGCGGAGCAAGCCACAGCAAACAGACAGCGGAGUGGACCAAUCAGCGACGGGCAGACGUGGCUUUGGUGAAGCGACAAGAAACUCUAGUGCGAGGACGUAAACAUACGAGGAGGGCGGAGAACGGUGAAGUUUAUUUAACAUGGCUAGUGCGAGACAGACUUUGUUUCAGCAACUCAAUGUGUUUUUGGUCAUCUAAAACUGAAUUUACCACGGAUAGGAACAUAUUCUCUGCUCUCCCGUUCGCCGUCUGUGUUGUUGUGGAGACGAAUUCCGACGCACAAGAGUUACGUUGCUCAUUAAGAACACGUCACGCAAAUAAACGAAUCUGAUUGCACGGACGAUUUUGUUCGAGCUAGAGAGGCCAAUGAGGAACUCAGACUUUAUAGCUGGAACAGCGGUGAGUCUGGAGUUCCAGGCUAGGUUUAAAUAUCCCACGUGACUAAUGUGGUAAACUGAUCAACAAUCUGCUUUAAAGCUACCACAAGAAAACACAAUGCUUAAAAUUAUGAGAGGGAAACAUGUGCAAAAACUAUUGAGGCAAUGAAAACUGAAAAGGUAAUAAAAGACUCAAUAAAAACACAAAUAGGAUGUACUUGCAGCUUUUAACCGAUGAACGUGUGUUGGAUGUCUCACCGCGUAGAAGGAAUUGCAGUAACCCGGUAGUAUUCAUCAAGUGACAGUGACAUUCUACGUCAUCACCCCAAGCGUCCAUUGCGCGCUUAAAACGUGGUGCCCUCCGUAGGUCAAAAUGUACUAAAUAUUAGAUUUUUAAAUCCAUGGCAAUACUGUAUUUCAUGUGUUUCUAAUAACAUGAUUUAGUAAAAGAGAACAAUUGUAGCUUAUUAGAGCCUGCAACUCUUUAAGUCUGAGGUUCCCUUUAACAAAUUAUUUCUCUGCGGCCCGGAAGCAAAUUCGCCAAGGACCGGUACCGGUCCCCGGCCCAGUGGUUGGGGAUCACUGCUUUAUAGGACUCUGUAAUUGGUUGCCAUUGACGGCGCUAGAUGUUUAGUCAAUUUUGGACCUCUAGCGCCGUCAGUGGCACUGAAAAAUGAGCAUUUGCAGCGACAUUUUGGCAUGUCGCUCAUUUGAAAUGUCCCAAAGUUGAGCAAGCAGACCUUCUCCUUCCUCUUUCUACUGUUCUUCCCCCUCAUUCAUGUUUCUUCUCCUUUCUCUGACUACUUGUGGUUAUCUUCCUCCUCCAUUUUGCAAAAACACAAGUAGUGUUGCACCGAAACCAUUUUUUGUCGCCCGAUUUCACUGCCUGAAUGUGUGGUAUCAGCCGAUGCGGGUCCUGUACCGAUGACUUAAAAAAAACAAACCCAUUUUAGCUCUAAAUUACUGCAUACUCCUUUGAAUGUAAAAUAAUUGCGAUCGUGACUUGGUCAGACACUACUUAACCUGCUUUGUGCCUACCAGCCAUAGGUGACGAUAAAUGAAUGAACUCUAAAACUUGACUUAAAGCUGUCAAAAGCCAAAAUGUUUGUACAAUUUGGUCUUCAGCCUGAUACUUAUAAGUCCACAGCCAGUGCUAUCAUACUAAAUUAGUACAUUAGCUUAGCUCAUGUGCUAAUCAGACACAAAUUCGUUAUCCUGCUUUUCCAGGCUUCCCUCCUAACAAAGUUAAUGCUGCCUUCACGUGAUGUCGUAAUUACGGUAAAUAUCACUUGUCGAGUCAAAAAUUGCAUAUGAACACCCCCUCAAGUCAUACAUUCUACUGGAGAACUGGGAUUUUAUGAUGAUACCAGUUCCUGAGAUGGGAUGACCAUUUACUUUUCAAAAUGGCAGAGCGCGAACAAGAAGUUGUGCAUGGUAAGAAGCUGUUUUUUUUUUUUUCUUUUUCUUUUUUUUUAAAGAAUUUGCACUUCUUCUUUUUUUUUUUCAUGCCAGCAAACAAACGUAGUGCACACAUUUAUAAAACUUUUUUUUUUUAACCAAGUGAUUACUAAAACGUUCAGUUAGAAACAAAAAUUUACCCUUUGUAUUUUGAUGCACUCUCUUAUUUUAGUAGAUUAAUUCAACCUUUUUGCCCUCGCAACAAACCAAAAUGAAAUCAAUGUCUUUUUUUUUUCUUUCUACGACAACAAAAGUAGAUGAACAGGAUGUACUUGUAACUACCAAUUAGCAAGUGGUAAGGAUCAUCUUUUCCACAGCAUGUGAAGGCAGCAUUAGACGCUCAUGCCAAUGUCAGUGUUAUUAAAACUAAAAACAGAUCUAGGCUGGUAUUACCGUUUAACGUGCAUUCAUUCCAGUCUUCAGAGUAUGAAAAUAUGCCUGCUAAAUGAGCGCAUUGAAGGCCUUCAGAAUAAAAACGCUGAGGCUCUCUUCUGCUUCUUCGGCGGCCAUCUUGGGAAGCGGUUGAAAACUAAAUAUCGAAAAGUACUUAUUAUACAGCCUCUUCCGAUACUCGUACCGGUAUCGGUGCAACACUAAUAACAAGCACUCGGUGGCCACAAAGACGCUCCGCAGUAAACAAGUAGAACCUCUAUAAGUUGUUGUUACACCCCCGACCAACCCGGGGAAGCAUUGAAGGUUGUUCCUCAUUUCAAUGGACUUAUGGAUGAAUUGAAAUGUUUUAAGUGAAACAAGAUGGAGUCAUGUUACAAAUGUGAAUUUUUUACUCAUUUUGUGCCAUUGACAGCACUUGACGUCCAAUCCAUCUGAAGUGGGAAGUGGAUUGGACGUCUUCUAGUGAUUAAUUCAUUGGUGGGAGGGCCAGAUAUUUUAUUUUUGGACUCUGGCUGCCAUUGACACCACGAGACAUCUGCUAGUAGUAAAUUUAAAUUGAAAAGAAAUUGUAAAGGAUGAUCGGACGCCACGCCACGUGAUUGAUGUCUUAUCGUGAAUGGCACUGAAAGUAGCUUGUUAUUUACAUAACGAAGAUGCUUUGGUUGUAUUUUUUAAUUUUAAUUUCCUAACGCCUUACAAGUGAUGUAAAUAAAGCGUUAAAAAAAUGUAAACUUUUCAUAAACAGCCACCGGUUGAACAUGUAAAUAAAUCCCAGCAAAAUAAUGAAGCAAAGCGAAAUUGUCAUUACUUUUUCCAAAUCCAAUUUCUGAAAGUGAAACUGUUUAGACGUGCGUGGCAUUCCCUGUCAUCACUGCAAGAGGGCGA